AUGUCGAACCGCUUGGAAUCAUUGAAUUCGAAAAAACCUUCUAGCUCACCGGUGCCAAAGCCCGGUCUCAAGUUCAAACCCAAGGUGGUGCAAAGAAAAUCAAAGGAGGAGAGAGCCAAAGUUGCACCACAAGUUAAACAAGAACCUCAACGAAACGCAUUAACAAGGGGGCGUGGAGGAAGUGCUAGAGGUCGAGGUCGGGGUGGCCGCAACAAUUAUGCUGGUACGCACAUAGUGACGUCUGGCCCCUUAUCUGCUGGCUCUGUAUCCAUUGGUAAUCUGAGCGGGACCAAACUCGGACUAACAGCAGACUUGGUCUACAGUACCAAUGGUGAAAGCCUGGCAACUCCCGAUUUCAUUAAUAAUUUGAAAAAGAAAGAUAGCAGGUCGUCAACUCCAGGGGUGGACUCUGAUGGUGAAGACGAUCCUACCAAGAUAAAUAUGACGGAAGAGUAUAAUUUCGAAGAUGAUGCCACGGAGUUGUUCCCAUUCAGACCUUUCAGAGAUGAUGGUAUUAAACGAGGAAACGCAGUGAAAGAUGAGCCUUUCUAUCCGGUUAAGGUUGAACCCACAGAUUCAAUGGAAAGCUCACCUGCAGUGAUAUCCUUAACUGAAAGUCGGGAAGCUACAGUUAAAAGUGAAGCCAUCGCAGAUAAGAUUGAACUGAUUAAGGAAAAUAAAGCUAUACUCGAAAGCAAGAUCACCCAGAAUGAUCUGAUUGCUACAGAUGAAGCCAGUAAGCUAAUCACCGAUAAUGAGGAAGUCUUGGAUAUCCUAGCUGGAAGUUUCAAAAAUCUAUCAGCACGUGAAAAAGAAGAUGAUCAUUAUGUUCUCUUUCAGUUGCCACAACAUCUACCCAAAUAUGCGCGUGAAGAGAGCUUGGUAAAGCAGGAACUCGGUACGAUUGAGCAAUCGCAAGAUGCAACUACAAAAUCACUGCUCGGAACAAACACAUCAACAUUACGAGGCGAGAUUGGGAAAAUCAACAUCCAUCAGUCAGGAAAAAUUACUAUCGACCUUGGGAAUGGAAUCAAGUUGAAUGUGACAAAAGGGGUACCUACGGAUUUUUUACAAGAAUUGACCAUAUUAGAUGCUAGCAGAAAUCAACCGGGGGAGGAAGACGUCGAAAUGGUAGACGAUGAAGGUAAAGACAUAUUUGGUAAGCUUAUUCGUUUGGGUGCUGUGACUGAAAAGAUUAUAGCAACGCCAUGCAUUAAAUAA